AUGAAACAAGUUGUUUAAUCUGCAAGACUCCCUUCAUCCCCUGUUUUCCAUAGAAAGAAACCUACUGAACUUUAAAACCCAUUGGAGAAUUUAGUUAGAGUGCAAUCACCUUGCGGAAGUACAACAAAUAAUGCAUUUGGAAGAUGUCCUACAGUGAAGACAUUGAAUAGUGAUAGAGACCCUAUUGAGAUUACUAUAACAUUAAUGUUAGAUGGUUAGAAGUAAAAGGAAUAAUGAACAUAGAUUGAUUGUUCCAAUAGGAAUAUAUCAAAGUACCACAGACUUAUAUAAGAAAUUAAUAGGCAAAGUGAAUUAAGUAAACCCUACAAUAGUACAUUCAAUUAAACAUUUUCAAACACAUAGUAGUGUUAAAAAUUACAAUAUUGAUUAUUAUUUAUCACUUGAACAUCAUCCAUUAGAUGUAUUUAUUGAAUAGAGACAUUUGAAAUUGGAACCUUAUAUUUCAAAAAAUGUUAAUAGCUAAUUGAGUAUUGAUGAUUUUGAGAUACUUAAAUGCAUAGGAGUUGGGUAUUAAUUCAAAUAUGAUAUAAAAUAGUGGUUUCUCACGUGUUUAUUUAGUUAGAAAGAAAGAUAGUGGAUAUUUUUAUGCAAUGAAACUUAUUGAUAAGAAUUUCAUUUUAAAUUCAAAUAAAGAGAUAAUCAUUAAUAAUGAAAGAUAAGUAAUGGAAUAAUUGAAUUCCCCAUAUUUAGCCAAAUUAUUCUACUCUUUUGAAACCAAAUAUUAUUUAGUCUUUGUUUUAGAGUAAUAUUGUUAUUUUAUUAUUUAGAUAUUGUGCAGGAGGAGAAUUGUUUUAUCAUUUGAGAAAACUAAGAAGAUUAAAUGAAGAAUUAGCAAAAUAAUAUUUUGUAUAGGUUUGUUUGGCAAUAGAAGAAUUACAUAAAUACGGUGUUGUUUAUAGAGAUAUUAAACCUGAAAAUAUCUUAUUAGAUUUAGAUGGAUAUAUUCGUUUAUCUGAUUUUGGUUUAGCUAAACCAAAUAUGGAUAGAGAAGAAACAGCAUAUUCCUUUUGCGGUUCUCCAGAAUAUAUGUCCCCAGAGAUGUUAAUGAGAAAUGGCCAUAACUUUAUGGUUGACAUUUAUUGUUUAGGGGCUUUACUAUAUGAAUUUAUUUAUGGAUCUCCUCCUUUUUAUAGCAGGAACAUAGAACAAAUAUAUAAUAGCAUAUUAAAUGAUAAAAUAUCUUUUCCUCCUUUAGUAAAAAUUAAUCCAGAUCUUAAAGAUUUAAUUUCAAAAUUAUUAAUCAAAGAUCCCUCUAUACGUCUAGGGUCUAAAAAUGGCAUUAAAGAAAUCCUCUAACAUAAGUGGUUUAAAGGAUUUGAUAUUGAAGCCUUGGCUAAAAGAAAACUUAACAUUAGUUAUCGUCCAAAGCCAUUAAGUUAUAAUUUUGAUGAAGUUGAAUUUAGUAAAGGAGAUAUUGAAUUUUAAAACAAAUUAUAUGAAAAUUUAAAGAAGGAGAAACAAGUAAUUAAUUUUUUAUAUUUAGACCAAAUAUUCUCGUUAUUUUCCUAAUUUUGAGUAUACUAAUAAGAAAUUUUGUGAUACUAGACAAGCUAUAUUAUAGCUAAUGUUGACAUAGAAAUAGAUAUAAGGAUAAUAGGGAUUGCCAAAACCAUAACAAAAAACAUUAAUUUCCUUAUCUCCAGUUUAAAUGGUUAAAGGAUUAUCAAAUAUCAAAGCAUUGACUUAAAGCUCUUUUAAAUAGUUAUCAUAAUGCAAACGUUUUAACACUGAAGUAGAUAUGAGUAAGUUAAUUAAGAAAAUAUGA